UCCAUUGCAGCCCUCAGUGAGGAAAAAACAAGGACCAGCAACCAACAACCAGUUAGAUCACCUGCACCUGGGUGCCGUAGCUGCCAGGUUCUCUAUACAGAGCUACAGGUCGUGAAGCAGCUACUGGAAUGCGAGCUUGAGAGGAACCAUCAGCUCAAACAGCUGCAUUCUUCAGCCAGUCGUUCUGUAGCCAAGUAUGGUCGGCGUAAGCACUUUUUGCCCAGCAAGGCACCACAUGUGAAACUGGUCCUAGCUUUUCAAGGCCAUGUAGAAGAAAAAUUCGAGAAAAUGCCAAACAGAGAGCCACUCGUGACCCAUUUCCUCGAAUUCAUGGCAGAUGGUGAAGUCCCAGCUAUCAGCCUCCUUUUCCUACAAAACCAUGGGAGAGUUCGAGAAUUUUUAGCUCACCUGCAACAACAAGGGUUCAAACCCACAACGCAGAGAAGCUACCUGACAGAUGUUGUGGCCUUUCUGAAAUACGUCCUUAACAUGGCACCACAACAAGUGCGACUCUCAACCAGGAGCAUCAAUGCCCUCUUGGUUGAAAUAAGGGCGCGUAUCAGAGAUGUUAGCCGUGAGAUUGUUGGCCACCGACUGAAUGUGCGCAGAUCUAAGUCUGAUCGACUCAAACAAACAUGCUGCUUUCAUAGAGAGGGCACCAAAAAAGAUCAGUGCUGCACUCGCAAGGAGGCACUGAGGGGUUUUUUUUGGACUCCUGGGUGGGUUUAUCAUCGCAAUAACUGGGCACCAAAAGGGGGUUGUCAUAAAUAUGACCACAGAAGAGGUGAGAGAGGCAGAAAAAGACAAAGAUGGUGCUCGCAUCAUCUGUGUGGAACAGCACAAGACCCAACGCUAUCACGGACAAGCGGCUGUUCCCCUCCACCGUCACGAGUAUGCCUGAAUGCAGCGAUACAACCAGCUAAGAGGUCAAGUUGA